AGUAAAUCUUAGUUAUCUCAGUUUAUCAUCAAAUCAUUUUACUGAUUUAGUAGUACCUGACAUGUUCUCGGUGCUUCCAAAUCUCGAAAUUCUUGACCUUUCUCAUAACAACUUAAUCGGGAAGAUUCCAAAUUGUCUUCCUAUGUCUCUCUCAGUGUUGAAUUUGCAGGCCAAUUGCUUUGAUGGAAAUAUAGCAUUUGGUUUUCCAGAGGGCUGUGGAUUACGAAAUCUCAACUUACAUGGAAAUCAAAUGGACGGCUUAUUACCAAGGUCUUUGGUGAAUUGUCGCAUGUUAGAGGUUCUAGACGUUGGCAACAACAACAUAAGUGAUGCAUUCCCUCAUUGGUUGGAAUCUCUACCAGACCUUCAAGUGCUUGUCUUAAGGUCCAACAAGUUCCACGGUUCUGUGCAGAGCACCAAAGAAAGUCCAUCUUUUCCCAAGUUGCGAGUUCUGGACCUCUCCAGCAAUUAUUUUGUUGGUGCUUUGCCUGUUCAGUACAUUGAAAAUUUUAAUGCGAUGAUGGACCCUCAUAAAGACGGUGGUUCCCCUGAAUACAUGAUGGUGUGGACGAGAACCAGGUAUUAUCAAUAUUCACUGGUUGUGACAUGGAAGGGAUUCGAGUAUGAGCUGCAGGGAAUCUUGAUCGUAUUCAGUAGUAUUCAUCUCUCAAAUAACAUGUUUGAGGGAGAAAUUCCAGAUGUUAUUGGAAAGCUUAGUUCUCUCAAAGGGCUUAAUCUUUCUCAUAACAACCUUACUGGUCAUAUCCCACCGUCGCUAGGGAAUUUGACGAAUCUGGAAUGGUUGGAUCUCUCUUCCAACAAGCUGGCGGGGAAAAUUCCUAAUGAAUUGGUAUCUUUGACACAACUCUCUGUUUUGAAUCUUUCAAAUAAUCAUUUUGUCGGAAGCAUACCACAAGGCAAUCAGUUCAACACCUUUGGAAAUGGUUCUUAUGAAGGAAACGUUGGACUGUGUGGAAUCCCAUUGUCAAAAUCUUGUGAUGGAAUUGGGACACCACCGAGCUCCUUCCAAGAAAAAGAUAAGUUGUGGAGAUUUGACUGGAGAGUUGUGGUGUUAGGCUAUGGAUGUGGAGUUGUUUUUGGACUGCUGAUGGGAUAUCUUGUCUUCCGAAUAGGAAAACCAAAAUGGUUUGUGUCUUUGUUUGAUGGCCGACCAAGUCAAAGUGGAAGGAAGAUGAGGAAAGCCAGAAGACUUGUUCAAAGAAGAAGGUAGUUGCAGAGUUGAUGUUUUAGAGCUUCUGAUUUAAUGUUUC